CCGGAAGCGCGCUCGAAGCAGCCUCGGUCCAUCCGAUCGAUCGAUCAAGUUCUCGUGAUCUCUCGGUUGAGACAAAACUAGUUGAAGCAAAGCCAAGGUCGUAAAGGGCUCCAAGAAUCGACAGCUAAAGCUAGUUGAAGCAAAGCCAAGGUCGUAAAGGGCUCCAAGAAUCUACAGCUAGCUAGCAAAUAGCAGGAGAUGAUGUUCUUCGGUUUCGGGGGACGACGACGACCCGCUUACCAUGGCGGCGGCGGCAGCAGGUUCGAGCACACCUACCGCUGCUACCCGGCGUCCUCCGCCGCCAGGCCGCACCUGGAGACCGGCGACAAGGUGCUCCUGCCGGCGUCCGCGCUCCACCGCCUGGCGUCCCUCCGCAUCGACUACCCCAUGCAAUUCGAGCUCCGCGGCUGCAGCAACGCCAACGCCGCCAGCGGCGACGCCAACGACGCCACCGGCGGCGCGACGGCCGCCGCCCAAGCAUCCGACCCGCGGACCUCGCAUUGCGGCGUGCUGGAGUUCGUCGCCGACGAAGGCACGGUGGUGAUGCCGGGGUGGAUGAUGGAGAACCUGCGGCUGCGGGCGGGCGACGCCGUCCGCGUGCGGAGCGCGUCGCUCCCCAAGGGCACCUACGUCAAGCUGCGGCCGCACGCGGCCGCCUUCCUGGACGUCUCCAACCUCAAGGCCGUCCUGGAGAAGACGCUGCGGGCCUUCUCGUGCUUCACCACGGGGGACACCAUCGCGGUCGCCUACAACAACCGGAGCAACCGCGUCGACAUCGUCGAGAUGAGGCCGGCGACGGCGGUCAGCAUCGUCGACACGGACUGCGAGGUGGACUUCGCGCCGCCGCUUGACUACAGGGAGCCCGAGAAACCGCAGCAACCUACGGCUUCACCUUCUGAAGCUGGAGACGACGAUGCUGUGGCUAAAGAUGAUGAGACUCCAGAGUUCAGACCGUUUACUGGUUCCGGGAAAAGAUUGGAUGGUAACGCCUCGGAGCUACAAGCAGCGUCGGAGGCUCCUUCCACCAUUGCAGCACGCUCUGCAGCGCAUUCAGAUUCAAACGGAAGAGGAAAAAAGCAGCAAACGUCGUCUGUGGCACCGGCAGCUUCUGGAGCGAGCAGCUCAUCCGCUCGUCAGAAAACAGGGAAGCUUGUGUUCGGUUCGAGGCCUCGUUUGGAUGCGUAGCACAAAAUGUGAGUCAUUAAAUGAAGUUUAUUUGUAAAAAAUUUUUACGGAUGUGUGUAAUUUU